AUGUAUCGGCUCUUUGUGACAGUAAUCACGGUAAUCAACUUUGCGUCAAUCAACGCGGAGUUGCAUAGAAAUUUCACGGACGUGUUUGGCGGUGAACUGAUAUUGGGUGGCAUCGAUUCUUCCCAUUACGAGGGCGAGUUUACGGUGGACUGCAACGAGAUUUCUAAUUUGCCCGAUAUCAAUUUCGUCAUAGGAGGUAAGACGUUUCGACUCACUGGUCAAGAUUAUAUCUUGAAGCUCGGCGCUGAAUUAGGAGGUAAUUGCAUUCCCGGCUUCCAAGCUGUUACUCAGUUGGAUGGUUUAGAUUGGAUUUUGGGCGAGGUAUUUAUUGGUCGAUACUACACCGAGUUUGACAUGGGGAACAACCGAGUGGGAUUCGCUCUUGCAAGAAUUUAA